AUGAGUGAACAGAAAAACAAGUCAACUGUUUCGAAACCAACAGUUGCUGCUGUAAAUAGAAUAUCAACAUCAAAUACCAUGCGAAUAGCACAUUUCAUCGCCCAGAAUUAUUUAGUCAUUUGGGUCGAUGGUAACAUCGAUGAAAAUAAUGAAGAUUGUCGAAACACGCUGAAACAAUUACGCGUGGUGGUGAGCGAGGUGAAUAUUUGUAUGACACAGGAACAGUGCGUCGAAUUUCUCAAUGAGAUCGAUGAUGGAAAAAUCUUCAUUAUUUCAUCGGGAGCACUGGGUCAGCACCUCGUCUCCUGCAUUCAUAGCAUGACACAAGUGCAUGCGAUUUACAUCUUUUGUGGUAAUGAGGCACGCCAUCAAUCAUGGGCAAAAGAAUGGUCUAAAAUUCGAGGUGUUUUCACCUCAAUCAAGCCAAUAUGCGAAUCGCUCAGAAAGGUCGCCCGUGAGUGCGACCAUGAUACAAUUCCGAUGAGCUUUGUUUCGAAGCAAACAAUAGCAGAAGGGGCAGCAGAUUCGAAUAAAACAACACGUGAUCAAUUACCGCCAUCAUACAUGUACUCGGUGAUUUUCAAGGAUAUCAUAUUAGAAAUUGAGGACGAUGUCGCUAAAUCUAUAAACACUUUAUUGGUCUUUUGUCGACAAAAAGAUAUUCCUGAAUCAGAACUAGACCAUUUCCAGCGUGUGUAUAAGCAGAAGUCUCCAAUUUGGUGGUAUACAAACGAAAUGUUUCUCUACGGUAUGCUUAAUUGCGCCCUACGGUCUCUUGAUAUGGAAGCGAUGACAAAAUUAGGAUUUUUUAUUCGAAGUCUUCAUCUUCAACUGGAGCAAUUGCAUCAGGAGCAGUCGGCCAAUUUCCAGAAAUCAUUUACUGUUUAUCGUGGUCAGGGAUUCAGUCAACGAGACUUUCAAAAUCUAAUUGAUUCAAAAGGUGGACUCCUUUCAUUCAACAACUUCUUAUCAACUAGCAAGAAAAGAGAUGUGGCCACAGUAUUUAUUCAAGAGACCCUUCGAAAAAAUCAAGAUACUGUUGGUGUUAUGUUUAUUAUGACAAUAGAUCGAAGAAAAAUAGCAAACUCGAUCAAUCCAUUUGCAAUGAUUGAUGAUUACAGUGCUCUUCCGCAAGAACAAGAAAUACUUUUUACAAUGCACACCGUUUUCCGUGUCGUUGAUAUUAAACAGGCGGCUAAGAAUAGUCGUCUUUGGGAAGUACAAUUAAGUAUUACUGAUGAGAUUGAUCCACAACUUUCUGCUCUUACCAAUCGCAUCAAAGAGGAGAUUCACGGUGAAGGAUGGUAUCGAAUGGGUCAAUUGAUGCUCAAAAUGGGUCAUCUUGAUCAAGCUGAAGAACUGUACAGUAAAUUACUCGAGAAUUCUUCGAGUGGCAAUGAAACAGCAUAUAUCUAUCAUCAGCUUGGAUGGAUAAAAGACGAUCAAGGAAAAUAUGAAGAAGCAGCUAAAUUCUACAGAAAGUCACUCAGAAUAAACGAAAAACUUCUGUCAGCAGAUGAUCCAAAAUUGUCUGCUAUGUACAGUAACAUUGGACAAGUGUAUUGCAACAUGGGUGACUACUCGCUAGCACUUGAAUUUUACGAAAAAUCACAUAGAAUCUUUGAAAAAGCUCUGCCAUCGAAUCAUCCUAAUUUGGCUACAUCCUACAACAACAUCGCUGGAGUGUAUUACAACAUGAACGAUUACUCGAAAGCACUUAAAUUUUACGAAAAGUCACUCAAAAUAAGAGAAAAGGCUCUGCUUCCGACUCAUCCCCAUUUGGCUAGCUCCUACAGCAACAUUGGUCUACUCUAUGAAAAAAUGGGUGAAUAUUCAAAAGCAUUUUUCUAUCUGGAAAAGGCACUGACUAUUUUUCGAAAGUCACUUCCGUCAACACAUCCACAUAUUAUAACUGCAAUGAAUAGUAUCGAUCGUGUGAAUAAAAAGCGAUGA